UCCUCUCAUCAUUCUCACAGAAAACACUAGAGACAUACAAAGCACAAUAAUGAAUCAAUAAAUAAAAUAAUGGAGUACGUAACUACCAACUCAUGAUAAUUCAACUUUUGUCUGUUCUUCAAACCAAGCUUGUUUUCUCCAUUUGCACAUAUGCCAACUCCAGCACAUUUUCAGAUUCUUCUCAAUGUCUCAAAAUUCCCCAAAAAACGUUGCCGUUAUCGGUGCUGGUCCUGCGGGCCUCGUUGCAGCCCGAGAACUCCAACGCGAAGGGCACAUUGUAGUUGUAUUCGAGCGAGAAAAUCAGCUAGGAGGCACAUGGAUUUACACUCCACACACUGAUUCCGACCCAAUUGGGGUCGACCCGAAUCGGAGAAUUGUUCAUUCAAGUCUUUAUUCAUCACUUCGGGUAAACCUUCCACGUGAAGUAAUGGGUUUUCGUGACUACCCUUUCAUGGCCACGAAAAAACCCAAUAGAGACCCGAGACGGUAUCCGGGUCAUAGGGAAGUGUUGGACUAUUUGAAUGAUUUUGCGUCUGAUUUUGGGCUUAUUGAACUGGUGAGGUUUGGAACUGAAGUUGGAUAUGUGGGAUUGUUGGAGAAUGGAAAAUGGAAGGUUAGUUCAAGAAAAAGUGAGAAUGAUGAUCAUGUUGUGUUUGUUAAUGAGGAGUAUGAUGCUGUAGUAAUCUGUAAUGGACGCUUUACUGAACCGCAAAUAGCUGAGAUUCCUGGAAUUGAAGUAUGGCCAGGAAAGCAAAUCCACAGCCACAAUUACCGGGUUCCAGAGCCUUUUCGAGAUCAAGUCAUUGUUGUCAUAGGGGCUGCCACAAGUGCUUCUGAUAUCUCCAGAGAAAUUGCUGAAGUUGCUAAAGAGGUCCACAUUUCUUCUAGAUCAGCUCUAAGUGGGACUCCCAAAAAGGUGCAUGGAUAUGAAAAUCUUUGGCUCCACUCUAUGAUUGAAGCUGUUGGUAUAGAUGGUGGAGUCAAUUUUCAUGAUGGAUCCAAAGUCCAUGCUGAUCUCAUUAUACAUUGCACAGGGUACAAAUAUCAUUUCCCUUUCCUUGAAACUAAUGGGAUAGUGACUGUGGAUGACAACCGUGUUGGGCCACUUUACAAGCACAUUUUCCCACCAGCCUUUGCUCCUAGUCUUUCAUUUGUUGGGAUGCCAUGGAAGCUUAUAUCAUUCCCCCGUUGUGAAUUACAAAGCAAGUGGAUUGCUGGUGUUUUAUCUGGUCGAAUUUCUCUCUUGUCAAAGGAAGAUAUGAUUGCUGAUAUUGAUGCAUUCUACUCAUCCUUGGACACCUCUUGCAUUCCAAAACGGUACACUCACAAUAUGGAUUUUCAGUUAGACUACGAAGAUUGGUUGGCUGCUGAGUGGAGAAAGGAAAUGUUUUUUAUCGCUAGGGAGAAGAUAAAGACUCAGACGGAGAUAUAUCUUGAUCAGUGGGAUGACGAUGACUUGAUCAUUCAAGCUCAUCAAGACUUUGUACAAUUUUUUCCUGAACUACCUCAAGUGCAAAAGCUAUCGACAUGAGUUUUAUGGAGUUAAUGAUAUCUCCAGAGUUGUGCUUCCAUAUAAGUUCCUCCUCAACAAACUCAGCCAUAUUUGGACCAAAAGUACUCUCUGCAGUUGGAAACUCAUCCCCAAGUUGCUUAAUCAUUUCGUCGUGAUCUUCAUCAAGUAUAUGAAUAGUUUGUCGAAGUGUAGAAUACCUGUGAAAGCUGAAGUGGGGUGGAAAGCAUAACACUUGAAGUUGGACAUCAAAUGCAAAUGAUUACCUAUAUUUUCAAGAGAUGCUUUGAGACCACCUUGGAGGCGUUUUCUUAAAUCUUGGUUCCUAGCAGUGAGGCAGAGGAAGUGUACAGGAAUGUUGUGGGAGGCGAUGAUUCGAGCGAGAUAGAAGAGUAAGUUGAGAUGGCCAUGUUCAGGCCAUGGCACCAUGGCUACAGUCACUUCAUUAAGGUGAAGUAGAUUGUUAUCUGAUGA